AUGGAUAUCAAUAAUAACAACAAUUUACAUUUUGAGGAACUAAGAUCUUCUAUUGGUUCUUCCAUUAGUCCGGUCAAUGUGAUAGGUCACAUCGUAUGGUGGAUUCUAUUUAGUUUAAUACGACUCUUAGAUUGGAUCGCCAUCCGGAUUCCCGGUGCACUACUAAAGGUUCUUUCCCUUCAAUUGCUGAUUCGAUUGAGUGUGUCGUCUGUUUUGAUUGGUCUAAGCCUCAUCUCAGCAGUUUGCUAUGUCGUAGUAAGAUACACGUACUUGACCAAGUACUCUGAGACAACUCAACCUGAUUUGGGCAGUUGCACUAAACCCAACGAUGCUGGUGAUGAUGAAGGGCUCAGUAGCUCUAUUGAGAAGAAGAAACGAAAGGCUGAAGAGAAACGAGAUUAUCUUGAAGAGUUUCUUUCUGGACUCAAGGUGUUUGGAUAUUUGGAACGACAAGUGUUCCAUGAGUUGACGAGGAAUAUGACCACUCAACGACUCGAGGAAGAUGAAGUUGUUUGUCUUGAUAGCUCCGUAGGGUUUCUGGUGGUUCUAGAAGGUACGGUUCAAAUCUAUAUUAAAAUGGACUCUAUAAGUACCACCCAGGGUCAAGUUGAACUUGAUGAAAAGAAUUACCUCAACUUGGGCGAAGAAGAUAGAUUUGUAUUGGAGAAUCAAAGAUAUCAGCUUUUGAAUGAAGUCAAGAGUGGAUCUCAUUUAUCAUCUCUCUUAAAUAUUGUUGACUUGUUUUCUAGUCUGCCAAAGAGUAGUGAACUCAAUAGUCCAGGCAAUACUACUAUUCCCAGUAGUCCUUAUCUUCAUAGCGAUGGUGGUAUUGGUGUUGGUGUUGGUGAUGGUGUAAGAUUAAGAUCUCAUACUGGGUCUGGAAUUCAAACAGGUAUCUCUCUGCCAACCUUAGCAUCUUCAUCAUCAGAAGCUCAAGACAAUUAUUAUCCAGAGAUCCUUAUAAAGGCUAAAACUUAUAAGAGCUUGAAAUCAGCUAAUAUUGCUAUAGUUCCUGCUAGUGCUUUCCGAAGAAUAGAGGCCAAGUUUCCCAAAUCAACGUCUCAUAUUAUCACUAUGGUUCUUAUGAGAUUGAGUAAGGUUACCUUCAACACUUUUGAUAAGUAUUUGGAAAUGACAAGAGAACUUAUGGACUGUGAGGCUCGUUUAAAUAAAAUGAAUACUCCAGAAGUUAUCUUACCCAGAUUUCUUACUGAAGGUAUCAUCGAAAAGGUGAAACAAGAACGGGAAAGAGGUGGUGAACAUGAUAGAACCAUAAUGGGUAAGAGGAAAUCUCGGGAAACUUCAUCGGUUAGUAUAUCGAGUUCUCACUCAGAAAAGUCAAUGGGUGAUACUACUUCAAGAUAUGUGGUUCUUAAUUCACGAAUGAAAUCUUCACUUCCUGGAGACUUGCUUUCUUCUGUGCCCAUUUCAAGGACAACAGAAAGCUUAGAUUCAGCAAACAAUUCAUUUAGUAAUGAGAAUAGUACGGCUGCUGCUGCUUCUACUCCACCUCCUAUUUCCUUGGCCAAAAGGAGAUUGCCUCAUCCUAUUUCAAGAACUAAAUCUUGGGUUCAACCUGAUUUUAGGAGACCUGCACCAGUAGCCAAUCAAAUGGAAGAAACAGAAGAGAAAACACUACUUCUUUCAAUAGUGGAAUCAAUAUUCAAAAUCUUGGGAAUAAAUCAAACCAAAAACAUGGAAAGUUGUUUGACAAGAUUCAAUUCUAAUUCAGUCAACAAUUCAUUUGUUGAUUUUGAAACCUUGUUGAAAAGUAAUGGAGGACCUGGAACGUACGCUGGAUUUCAAGAAAAGUGUUCUCUGUCCUUUGAACCAAUAGCUGAAAUGUUACCUAUGGAAUCUGUGGCUUAUACCUUACGUAAAGGUGAUGGUGAAAGUUCCUGUAACGGAACAAAGCUUUACAGUCCGGUAAACGUUAAUAUUGGUCGUUCAAGGGAACCCUUGACUAGUUCUCGAAAGGAAAAGCGUGAAUCAUUUGGGGGAUCAACUCGGGGUGAUAUUAAUUACGAUUUUAUCAAAGAAGCCUUUAGUGAAGUUGUAGAAAUCCAUCAUUAUGUCGCUGAUUCUGUAUUAGUCAAACAAGGUGAAUACAAUUCUGGUCUUUGGUAUGUUAUUGAUGGUGAGUUACAACUUGACUAUGUCAAUAGAGAUAGUUCUAAGUUGCUGGUAUUCCAUACUGUAACUCAAGGAGGAAUUGCUGGAUAUUUAUCUACUGUUGUUGGGUAUAAAGCAUUAGCCACCAUCAAAACCCCUAUAGAUAAAGGUGCAAUCAUAGCCCAUAUUCCUAAAGCUGAUUUUUCAAGGUUAUUGGAUAAGUUUUACUUUCUUCAAAUCACUGUUGCUAGGAGGUUGAAGAGUUUAUUUACUCCUGAGCUUUUAACCAUUGAUUAUGCCUUGGAAUGGACCCAUAUAAAAGCUGGAGAAGUACUUUCAGCUCAAGGCGAAGAAGCCAAUGGACUUCAUAUAGUAUUAAGUGGAAGAUUCCGUGCAAUUCGAUUUGGACAUAAGGAUCAAGCUCCUCAAACCAUAUAUGAUGCUGAUUAUGAAGUACCUCAAUUGGAAGAGUUUGACAUUAGAAGACAUGACAAGAACUACCAAGAAUAUGAAGUUUUACGAGAAUAUGGUCAUGGAGAUUCCAUUGGUGAAGUUGAGGUCCUAACAGCUGCUAAACGGUCCAAUUCUUUAAUUGCAGUCAGAGAUUCUGAAACUGCAAGGAUCCCUAGAACACUUUUUGAGAUGUUGGCGACUCGUUAUCCAUCAUUGAUGAUCAAAAUAUCAAGAUUGGUGGCUCAGAAGAUGGCUACCAAUGUCAAUGUAUUCCUGACAAAGGAUAACUAUUUCUCCAACACUCCAUCAUACAUUUCCAACGACUACAAGACCAUUACUAUUAUUCCUAAUACCAGAGAUCUCCCAGUACGAGAGUUUGCCGAAAGAUUAGUCUCUUCAUUUAAAGCUAUAGGCAGAAAUGUGAUUGCAUUGGACCAAGCACUGACCCUAACCCAUUUGGGGAAGCAUGCCUUUGAUGAGAGCUUGUUGCAGUUAAGACUCUCGGGGUACUUUGCUUAUUUAGAAGAACAGUAUGAAAGCAUAGUCUACAUCUGUGAUACACCACUCAAGUCUACGUGGACCCAAACCUGUAUUGCACAAGGUGAUUGUAUACUUUUAUUAGCAGAUGCUGAAGACGAUGCUUCAAGAAUAGGUGAAUAUGAAAAGUUGCUCAUUAGUGCCAACAACUCUGCCCGGACUGACCUUUGUUUGUUACAUCCAGAUAGAUACGUUGUACCUGGGUCCGUUAGUAAAUGGUUAAAGAAUAGAAGUUGGGUGCUGGGCCAUCAUAAUCUUCAAAUGGAGGUUUCAAGGUCCAGAGUAACUCAAAGCAAACAACGGAUGAAUAUCUUCCUUGAUUUUGCUAAUAUUGUUGGGUCCAAAACGAACCCGAACUUGAAACAUAAGCUUGAAAAUGUGAAAGACAGGGCUGUGCUGACAUUUGCGAAACUUAAUGCCAGAUUCACCAAUAACCAUGAGACUAACAUGAAGGCUGCUGAUCCAUUCAAGAAUGAUUUCCAUAGAUUGGCCAGAAUCUUAUCUAACGAAGCCGUGGGGCUUGUAUUAGGAGGUGGUGGGUCUAGAGGGAUAUCUCAUUUAGGAGUGGUUAUGGCCCUUGAGAAGCAUGGAAUACCUGUUGAUUUAAUAGGUGGGACUUCUAUUGGAUCGUUUGUGGGUGGGUUAUAUGCUAAAGAUUAUAAUGUUGUGUCGAUAUUUGGUAGAGUCAAGAUGUUCUGCACUAGAAUCUCUUCUCAUUGGAGACUCAUUUUAGACAUGACAUAUCCUGUGACUUCAUAUAUUACUGGGUAUGAGUUCAACCGUGGUAUUUGGAAGGCAUUUGGUGCCUAUGAGAUUGAAGACUUUUGGAUCAAAUACUUUUGCAAUUCAACAAAUAUCACCAAUUCAACCAUGGACUUGCAUGAAACAGGAUACCUGUGGAGAUUCAUUCGGGCUUCGAUGUCUCUUGCUGGAUUGUUACCUCCCGUCACAUACAAUGGAUGUAUGCUACUUGAUGGAGGUUACAUAGAUAACCUUCCAGUUAUAGAGAUGAAGAAGAAGGGUGCCAAACAUGUGAUUGCUGUUGAUGUUGGUUCAUUAGAUGAUAGAACACCUCAAAAUUAUGGUGAUACAUUAUCUGGCUUUUGGGUGUUAUUUAAUCGGUGGAAUCCAUUUUCUAAAUAUCCUAAUGUCCCAAGUAUGAUGGACAUUCAAUUACGUUUAGCAUAUGUGGCCAGUGUCAAUGCUCUUGAAAUCGCAAAGAAGACACCAGGAGUAUAUUAUUUAAGACCACCGAUUGAUAAUUAUGCCACGUUAGAUUUUGCUAAGUUUGAUGAAAUCUAUAAAGUGGGGUUUGAAUAUGCUGAUGAACUUUUCACUAAAUGGAUAGAAGAAAAGUCGAUUCCUCCGAUAGCUGGUUUAUCUGGAGCUGAGAAUAAGUAUACCAAUCGUAGCAAAGGUGUAUUCCGCAGAAACUCAAUAUAA